CUCUCCUGCUCUCUUCAAACUGCUGUUACAAUGUUGCUAGUAGUUUUUCUGCUUUAUUCAUUCCUAAUUGUUGCAGGAUCAGCAAGUACUGCCCCCACUAAUUUUGGUACUAAUUUCCAGUUGGGUUUCCUAAGGAACUACAGAGGACUCAGCGACACUAAGUUAGGUUUCUAUAUCACAUCUAACUGUACCCACGGACUAGUUAAUAUUACCAUACUCUACUAUGAGCCUAGUGUCACUAGUAUUAGUGAAGUUUUCAGCUGUGAGUCUUAUUUUGAGGUGAAAGAUCUCCCUCUAAGUUUAAUGACGAGCUCCAACUCAGGUUAUCGUCAGAGUAUCAAGAUAUCAACUGUCAAUUCUAGUCAGUAUAUUUCUGUUCUUGCAUAUAACUGGCAAAAUGGAAGUGUAGGCGAGUACAUGGGUCUACCCUGUGUUGAUUCAUACCCAGUACCUAUCAAGUAUGAGUAUUACUUGGUGUCAGUACAAACUCCAUUGCAUGAACACCAUCAGUUGUGGAGCGAGGCCCUCAUCAUCAGCUGUCGUUCCAAUACCAGCAUCACCAUAACACCAGCAGUGGGAAUGAGUUUACCAGAGGAAUUGGGAUCUGAUGUAUACGUCUGGGUAGAGGAGGGUGGAUCGCAUGAUUUGGUACUUGAUUCUGGCGAUUCUCUUUACAUUGGGGCACCAAACAGUGACAUCACUGGUAGUCAUAUUGCAUCAUCAGGUCCCCUGACAGUCAUUAGUGGUCAUGAGUGUGCCAAUAUACCCACAGAUAGGAAAUACUGUGAUCAUUUUGUGCAGCAAAUACCUCCUGCAAUGACGUGGGGAAAGGAGUUUUUCCUAUCACCUUUUCUGGGUAAAGAGAAUGGUCAGUAUUAUAAGAUAGUGACAUCUAGAAACGGAUCUGUUAUAAGUCACAAUUGUAAUGAAGCUGGGCGUAUAUACCUUCCUUAUGCUGGAGACUAUGCAAUGAUCCAUGUGAACUCAACUACCUCUUGCUACUUGGCAUCAAAUGUACCAAUACUAGUCGUUCAAAUAGCUACUAGCUCUGGCAUUGAAGAGUGUACAUCAGGUGAUCCAUUCUUGGUUACAGUCCAACCAACUGAACAAUACGUAGAACAUUUUAGUUUUAGAAUUCACUCAACAGAUCAAUUCUCAAAGAACUUUAUUGGAAUAUUAACAACAAAUCCUUCCCUUGUACUGUAUGAUGGGGUACCUUUACUAGAAACAAAAUGGAUACCAAUACAUAGUUUGACUGGAACUAUCUCUGGCUAUAGCUAUCAUUUUGAAGGAUCCUCUGGGCUCCAUAGCGUAUCAUUUACAAGAGGCUCUGGUACUGUAUUCCUUUAUGGGUACCAGUGCGACCCUGAGAGAGGUUAUGGAUAUACUGCUUCAGUGCAAUUUAAACAACUUCAUGCAACAGGUCCAAAGGUGCAUUUUGUAAAUGAAAUUGAACAGAAAGAAGAGGAAGAUUGGCAGUAUCUGCAGGUAAGUAUAGGAGGGGAUCAUGAUGAACUGUUUAAACUAACGAUUGGACUAGCUCUUAAUGUCACUGUACAAGAAAUGAGUAAUGGCAGAAUUUAUUACCAGAUCUAUCCAGUAGUUAAUCAGUCUAAUACUUCUUCUAUCCUUCAAGUUAAAUUUAACAUUCAAACGAUCAUUAAUGCUCUUCAAAGUCCAAUUGAAGGUGAUAGGUAUAAUGUUACAGUAGCUCUAACUACAGACAGUAAAGGAUCUUUUAUUGCUUCUCCGAGUGUCUUGAGGUUUGAGAUUGAAAUCCCAUCAGUGAAAAGUGUGAUAGCACCUACACUGUCAUCAAUAUCAGCAAUACAAUCAACUAAUUCUCAGUACAAGUCUUCUUCAUUUCAGUUCUCUUCAUCUGGUUAUUAUUCAUCUCAUGUAUCUCCUAUCACUUCGGUAACUACUUCUCCUGUAUCUUCCACUGGGUCAUUACCUUCCUCUUCUCUUCUCAUACUAACUGAAGGAGCAGCACAAAGGCCUCCUGAUCAACAGUUACUGUACUUUAUUGUACUAUCAGUGAUUACUGCUGUACUGUUCAUCAUUAGUAUUGUUGCACUAAUGGCAGUUGUGAUGGUCGUAAUUUUAAGGAGACAAAAAUUAAUGUCCAGAGAUUGUGAAGGAAAGGUAUCGGCAGUGAAUCCAAUAACAACUGAAGGAUAACACUAAUUAUUAUUAUUAUUAUUAUUA